AUGGUCAUUUUGACUUCAAUUCGAAAGUCGCCAGCUUAUUUAUACGCCAAAACAUACUGUCUUUGCUCAUUGGUCUCCCUCGUCCAAGCGACGCCUGUUACAUCGAGGGUUCGGGUAACUCAUACAAGAUCUCGCUUUCGGAACGGUCGAGUUGUGGUUUCGUUGCCUACAAUAAAGGGAAAGGGCCAUACAGACUGUUACAGAUCACCGUUUAAAGUCUCGUUCUCGCAAAGAAGUAGGGAAAUCGUUCAAAGAUGGUAUCAGAGAGCUGUUGACUUGGCAUCUGUCAAGACGCUCCUGCAGAGGGACGAGACGGACUUUGCAACGUACCCGGAACUGCAAUGGGAUGCCAAAGUACGACAAGGCUCCUAUCUUCAUUACGAAGAACAAAAGUUCAUUGAGCUUCGCAAGUUGAGGAUAUCCUCACAAGGAGAAGAUUACUUGCAUCGCUUCCUAGAUCUCUCACCCAAUGAGAAAGUCAACCCCAAAGAUGUCCCGCUCAUCGCACUGGGCGGCUCAGGUGGUGGGUACAAGGUGAUGUAUGGAUUCGCCGGGUUCAUUUCAGCUGCCAAGAAGCAUGGGCUAUGGGAUUGUAUUACCUGGACUGCCGGCGUUAGUGGAAGCUGCUGGACUCUUGCGGCUUACUACACCAUCGCUCGACAUGAUGUACAACGAUUGAUCGAUCAUUAUCUCACAGUGGCGAGUGAACUUGCACACCCCAUGAGUAUCCAUGCUUUGAACAUGGUCGCACGAAGUAAAAGGGGAGUUUAUUUUCUCAUUGGUCCCCUGGUCAGCAAAGCCCAGAAGAGCAUCAUAGGCUUGGGAAUCAUGGAUCUUUACUCUACUCUUACGGCAACGUAUCAACUUCUGUCCAGAGAGCCAAAGGGCAGACUGAGCAGAGCGACAUUUCAGUGGUCCAAGAUCUGGCAUCGAUCGGGUAUAGACAAGGGAUUGGAGCCAAUGCCGCUUCUUACAGCGGUGAGACGCGUGCCGAAGUAUUCAUACGAGCCAAAGACAAUAUCAGCAAAGGCUAGGGAUGUUAAGAAACAACCGACAUCUCGGCAACUUGACUCUAUCGAAGGAAACUAUCAAGUAAACUCAAGAGCAUCUGUAAACAGGCGACCUAAGAAGCUCUUCCAGUAUUUCGAAAUCUCGCCCCUCGAAGUGGGCAGUCCAGAUCUCAACCGUUAUGUCCCAACUUGGGCAUGGGGGCGAACCUUUAUCUCUGGAUAUUCAGUGGAUCGUCGUCCUGAGCAGCCAUUCUCGCUCUUACUGGGUCAGUGUACCAGCGCUCCGGCGGGUCCUUUGGCGGAGUGUAUUAAAGCUCUGUUGGUCACUAUACCCAAGAACACAAUGGUGGCACGAUUGGUCACUGUCUUCAACAACCUACUCCAGUCGAAGCGCUUUGAGGGCUUUUGGGGAAAUCCGAUUCGUGCGGGGCAUGAUCCGAAUCCGUUCUAUGGACUGGAAAGACCUGUUGGGAUGCGAGAGCAUACUUCAGAGCAUUCCACGUAUAUUUCACGAGUUGCUCAUCAGCGUCAAAGAGGGAUUCAUAGCAGCGACAAAUCCGUUUCCGAUCCUGCGGACUUACAGUCACAUUAUUUUCCGCCAUGGGAAGCACAGGGACGUACACGACUCAUGGACUCCGGUAUGGCAAAUAACCUGCCGAACCAUAUUCUCGCCCGACCAGAACGAGGCGUUGACGUUUUCAUAUCGUUCGAUGCAUCUUCGGACAUUCACACUGGAGCAGCAGUUCAGCGACUGCACCAUUUCGCAGCCGACUUCGACAUUGAGCUGAGAGAUGUAACGCGGGAGUUCCACAAGCCACAGCGGAAUAUAGCCUUGUGCUCAACUCAUGGGCUGGAAAUUGAAUCUCGAUAUAUAGAUCACUACGCCAGAGUCUUUCAUGGCACGAGGCCGAGUGGGCAAGAUAUGUAUAUCAUCUACUGCCCGCUCUUACCGAAUGCCUUGAACCCGGAUUUCAAUCCUACGACUUCAUCGUUUUCAACAUCGACCAAUCUCAUGUGGACGCCCGAUCAGGUGAAGAGCGUUCUAAUGACGGCAGAAGCGAACGUUUCAAACUAUGCUAUUGAUACCAUAAAACGGGUAAUAAUGAAGGUUUACGACGAGAAAAAGAAGCAUAGACUUAAUACACAUGGCAAAGAAACCUAG